AGAAACUUUUUUUAUUUUGUGUCAAUCUGAGUCUGUGUUUGUUGUUGCUUGUUGGCUUGUUGUGCAUUAAAAAUUAAUAAAUACACCCUAUAUUAACACAAUGUUGAAUAAAUAAAAGUACCACAACUUCUCCAUUGCUAAGAAUUUUAAUUGCUGUAAGAUUGCAAAUUCCAAUUAGGAAAAUAUAAUUGGCCACGACAUUAUUAAUCUUCUCCCAUUGGAAACGAUUCGUAUAAGGUAUUUCAGCAAAUUGUUUUAAAAUGGCUGAUGAAUUCGAUGGUUGCGAAUGUGUGUGGUCACACGAAUGGGCCAUGCAAAGAUUACUAAAUUUUAUACGUCAAAAUCAAAAUGAAUGCACUGACACCAAUUGCAUUGAUGUUACAGGAAGACUUCAACAGCCCAGUGCAUCAACCGGUGACGAAGAGGGCAAUUUUACCAUGAUGACCAUGAUCAUGAUCUUUGCUAUGGUCAUGUAUUUCAUUAGGCCAGAGUCGAUACUGAAACUAACCAGUAACAACAAGCGAAAUGGUGGCAAUCCAAAUGGAAACAAUGGCGGUGGUCCAUCAUCGCCACCACCAACACCGCCGGCGGUUAAUUAAUAUAUUCAAAAUACUGGAUUUUUUAUAUGUAUAUUUUUCCAGAUCGUUUGCCAAUAUACAUGUUUUUUUAGAAAAAAAUAAUAUGUAUAUUGGUAUUAAUAUACAUUUUUAUAUUAUUCCUGAA